GCAUUCAGUUGACGUUCAGCCGCCCGUGCAAGCAGAACAGAGCGCCGUUUAAUGCGCACUGCGACCGAAAAGAAAGCCAAAUAAUACAAAUAAAAAUAAAAACAUUGGAGAAAGCCGACAACAACAAGCAUAAACAACGCAUUCGAUACACGCGCCUAGUUUGAACAACUAACAAGACGGCUAAACAACGCAACAAUCUGAUUUUCAUCCGACGAGUCCGUGUGACGCUCUCGCUGCUGCUGCUGCUGCUGCUACUCCAGGCGCCAACGCAACUUGCCCAGCACCACAGCCCGAACCCGAGCCCGAUCCCCUCCAGCUCAGACGCCAUGGCGAACACUGAGGCAAACAAUGUGGCCGAGUUCUCGCGCCGGCUGGCCAACUUCUCUGUGAGCCUGUACGGCAAACUGAUCGCACUGAAGCCCAACACAAACGUCGUCUUCUCGCCGUUCUCCAUACAGACGUGCGCGGCGAUGGCCCGCCUGGGCGCCGUGGGCGACACAGCCGACGAGCUGGACCGUGGCCUCGGCCUGGUGUCCAGCGAUGUUGGCAAAAUCGCCGAGAGCUUUCAUCAGGUGCUCGCCGCCUACGAGAAGAGCUCCAUUCUGCGCAUUGCCAACAAGCUGUACGUGAUGAAGGAUUACGAGCUGGCCGACGAAUUCAAUUCCCUGCUGGCCAAACAGUUUCUCUCGACCGCCGAGAAUGUGGAUUUUACGCUCAGCGCCCAGGCGGCGGGCACAAUCAACAAGUGGGUGGAGCAGCAAACGAACAGCCUGAUCAAGGAUCUUGUGCCCGCAUCUCUUUUGGGAGAACGGACGCGUCUGGUGCUGAUCAAUGCCAUACACUUCAAGGGCAACUGGGUGCAUCAGUUUCCGGAGCAUGCGACACGCAACGAACGCUUCCAUUUGAACGAAGUGGACGGCGUGGAUGUGCCCAUGAUGAAUCUAAAGGAACGCUUUCGCUAUGCCAAUCUGCCCGAACUGGAUGCCGCUGCGCUCGAGCUGCCCUACAAGGACUCGGAUCUGUCCAUGCUUAUAGUGUUGCCCAACAGCAAAACAGGCCUGGCACAGCUGGAACAGAAGCUGCGCACCACGCCGCUGGCACAGAUCACGGAUAAGCUGUACAGCAGCCAGGUGGUGGUCAAGCUGCCCAAGUUCAAGGCCGAGUUCCAGGUGGAGCUGACGCCCGUCUUCCAGCAGCUGGGCAUGUCGCGUCUGUUCUCGGAUAACGCCAACUUCUCCAAGAUGCUGAAGUCGCCCGAGUCGCUGAAGGUGUCGGCCAUCGUGCACAAGGCCUUCAUCGAUGUCAACGAGCUGGGCACGGAGGCGGCUGCAGCCACGGCCGCCGUCGUGCGCAUGAAAAGGAGCCUCAUCUCGCUCGAGCAGCCGCUCCAGUUCCAUGCCGAUCAUCCAUUCAUCUAUGUGCUCGCCCAUGGGCAGCAUCUGCCGCUCUUCAUGGGCGCCGUCGUGCGGCUCGAGGGGGCAGCCGCACGGGGCGAGGCACACGACGAGCUUUAGUAACAAAAUUUGUAGCACAUCUAAAAAGG